GACGCAUCCUGUCUUACGUAAAGGAAGCGGAUGUCAUGGGAAAACUGACCAGGUGGUACAUCCCUAUUUAUAUCGGAACGGAGACGAACCGUCGAUUCAUCCUGAGACCUCCUCCAUGUGCAAGAGCGGAUUAAUGAUGUGGUUCGUCGCAUUCCCCGUCUUGGCCUUGGCCUGUAUGGCCUCCGGCUUCAACCUGCGAGAGGCCAGCGUCACGGAUUGCGGAGGAGCGGACGCGACGAUCCUGUUCGUUCAAGGGACUCUGAGCCCCGACCCGAUCCAGUACCCGGGGACCGUGAACUUGGGCGUGGAAUUCGAGGUCUACGAGAAUCUUCCCGAGGGUCUCCAGAUCGAACUCCAGCUCACGAAACUCGACCCCGACAUGGAAGUUCCCUCGAAAUUCCUAUGCACCGGGGAAAUGAAGCUCCUUAGGUCUGACAGAGAAGGGGGGAAAAAUUGGAUGGAAUAUGCCCAAGAGUAUAUCCUUCAAUGCCUUUGGACCUUGGGAGUCCUAAUAGAGGAAACCAUGUUGAUUGUACUUGCUGCCUUCUCCUCAGGUCUUCGUUCUGAGGACACUUCUGCUGAAAAUAACAACCUGGUGAUGAUGGUGGCACAAUAG